UGUUCAGACAUGUGUUUUUCACUGACUUGAUGAGUGGUCUGUCCCACACAGUCCCCCCCACCAUCCUGGACGUCUCCCGUCCCUCUGACCUGAGCGCCCCCCUGGGGGAGGAGCUGACCCUGGAGUGCAGGGCGACUGGAACGCCCCCACCUGGACUGAGCUGGCUGAAGGACGGGGUGUCUUUACAGGGGUCAGACAACAGACACAUCACUGUGAGCCCAGACGGCAGCGCGCUGACGUUACUGAGACUGAGCCCCGAGGAUUCUGGGACGUACACCUGUCUCGCAGUGAGCCCUGCUGGACAGGACAGCAGACCGUACACAGUCCUGGUCCUGGUCCCGCCGUCCAUCUCCGGGGAGAGCGUCGACCCCAGGGAGGUGCGGGUCACGCAGGACACGGCCGUGACCUUGGAGUGCGAGGCCGCCGGGACCCCCGCGCCCCAGAUCAGCUGGCUGAAGAACGGCGCCCCCCUGCUCCUCUCGCCCCGCGCUCGCCUGCUGUCCGGGCGACUCCGUCCUCCGGCUUUCCCCCGCGCAGCUGUCGGACUCUGGGCUCUACACAUGUGUGGCUCGCCGCCCGGCCGGGCCGGGCUGGGCCGGCUCAGCUACGAUGUCCAGGUCCAAGUUCCUCCAGGUGUGGACCACGUGGAGCCGGUGGAGCCGGUCACGGUCGUCCAGGGCUCCCUGGUCACGUUGACGUGCGAGGCCCGCGGCGUGCCCCCCCCCACGCUGACGUGGCUGAAGGACGACCGACCGCUGUCUCUUCACCACAACCUGCUGCUGGACGGACGGGAGACCAGGCUGCAGCUGCCCGACGUGUCCCCGUCGGACGCCGGCCUCUACAGCUGCGUGGCCAGUAACCAGGCAGGGAGCAGCACCAAGAGCUUCAACCUCACCGUGCUGGAACCUCCGAGGAUCUCCGCCUCCACGUCCCCAGAGGAGCUGACCGUGGCGGUGGACGCUCCACUGGAGCUGGAAUGCUUCGCUGCGGGCGUCCCGCCCCCCACGCUCAGCUGGCUCAAAGACGGUCAGCCGUUGAAGGGGACUCACGUUGUCCAACAGGAUGGACGCUUUGUCCGAAUCGGCAGAGUUCAGGUGGACGACGCGGGUCUGUACACCUGCCUGGCCAGCAGCUCGGCUGGGGAGGACGGACGGAACCACUGGGUCAGAGUUCAAGUUCCUCCAACCGUCCUGGGCUCUGGUGACGUGAGGACAUUGACGGCACCAGUCGAUGGACACCUCACCAUGGAGUGCCUGGUGGACACUGACCCCCCACCCACCAUAGACUGGUUCAGAGACCAGGUCAAGUUAGAGUCGGGGGGACGUGUCCAGAAGCUGGCUGGAGGUCAGUACCUGGAGAUCCAGGAGGUCAAAGCUGAGGACAGUGGCCAGUACAGCUGCGUUGUCACCAACAUGGCAGGAAGUUCCAGUCUGGUCUUCAACGUUCAGAUUCUCCUGCCCCCAGUGAUCAAGGAGGGAAGUGCACUGGUUACCUCUCAGCUCUCCCAGGACGCACUUCUACCCUGCGAAGUUGAAGGUGACGGAUUGACCACCGUCACGUGGCGAAAAGACGGCUUCCGUGUGUCACCUGACGACAAGAAGUACACAGUAUCAGAGGGAUCCCUGCUCGUCCAUGAGGUGGAGUUGAGUGACGCUGGUCGGUACUACUGCACCGUGUCCAACCAGGCGGGCUCCGACCAUCGGGGACUAGACCUACGGGUGUUUGUGAGUCCUUCGAUCAGUCCCGGUCCGUUCAACGUGACGGUGACGGCGGGGGGCCGAGCCGUGUUGAGCUGUGAGACCACUGGUAUACCCUCGCCUAAGGUGUCGUGGAAGAGGAACGGCUCGCCUCUGGACACCAGUCGGCAGUUUGAAGUCUACAGAGUGCUGUCCUCGGGGUCCCUCGUCCUCCUAGCGCCAUCCAAUGAGGAUGAAGGUUACUUUGAGUGCACGGCCAUCAAUGACGUCGGAGAAGAGCGCCGGGUCAUCGAGGUCAUCCUACGAGUCCCACCGUCCAUUGAAGACGACGUCACAACGGUGACGGCUGUCAAAAUGUCUCCGGUGGUCCUGCCGUGUCACGUACAGGGGCGUCCCCAGCCGACCGUCAGCUGGACAAAGGGGGGCGCCAAACUGGGCUCCAGAGGAGGAAGUCAUCGUGUCCUGCCCACAGGAGUGUUGGAAAUCACCGCAGCUUUGCCCAGUCAUGCCGGUAGAUACACGUGUUCUGCCCAGAACCCAGCAGGGGUCGCUCACAAACACGUUUCCCUCAGUGUCCAAGAACCUCCGGAGAUCAGGCCGAUGGCGGCGGAGGUCCAGGUGGUGUUGCAUCAUGGGACCAUCCUGCCCUGUGACGCCCAUGGCUUACCAAGACCCUCCAUCACGUGGCAGAGAGAGGGCGUUCCUGUAGCAGCAGGUCACAGACUGGCGGUCCUGUCAAACGGAUCCCUCAAGUUCUCUCGCGUCACACUCGGUGAUGCGGGAACCUAUCAGUGCAUGGCCAAGAACGAGGCCGGGGUGGCAGUGGGCAGGACCAAACUGGUGCUUCAAGUUCCUCCGGUGCUGAGCGUGCCUCGUGUUGAGCACACAGCAGUGCUAGGCCAGCCCGUGAGUCUGGACUGCGGGGCGGACGGGCAGCCGCAGCCCGAGGUGACGUGGCACAGGGAGAGGAGGCCAGUGGCGGAGGGCGCUCACGUGCACGUCUUUUCUAACGGAACCUUGACCAUAACGUCCACGCAGCGCAGCGACGCCGGUCUGUACACGUGCACGGCCAAAAACCUCGCCGGCCGAGCCAGUCAGGACCUGCGGCUGCUCAUUCACAUUCCACCCACGAUUGCUCCGACACAGACGGACGUGUCGGUCGUCCAGGGAUUUCAGGCUCUGCUGCCGUGCGCCGCUCAGGGAUCACCAGAACCCAAGGUCUCAUGGGAGAAGGACGGCUCCGGCGUGGCCCACGUUCCAGGGAAAUUCACCGUCCUGAGGAACGGAGAACUGAUCAUCGAGAGAGCGGAGCCAGGGGACGCUGGCGUGUUCACAUGUGUGGCCACCAACACGGCCGGCUCAGUGAGACAGGACGUCCGUCUGUCCAUCAACAUGAGGCCUGUCUUCAAGGAGCUGCCCGCUGACCUGACCCUGAACAAAGGUCAAAGUCUGGCCCUGUCCUGCCAUGCUCAAGGGCGACCCCUUCCUGUCAUCUCCUGGACUGUCAACAACAGCCCGUACACAGGUGCCUCUGUGGACCAGUCCGGCCGCAGCUCCGUCCUAAUAACCAAUGCGACGGCGGCCGACGCUGGGACGCACGGGUGCGCGGCUGAGAACAGCGUGGGGUCGAUCCGAGCCUUGUCCUUCGUCCGUGUCCGAGAGCCCCCGGUGCUGAGGGGGGAGGCCCACAUGUCUCAGACGGUCGUCCUGGGUGGGACCACCAUGCUGGACUGUCCCGUCCACGGAGACCCCAGACCCGUCCUGCGCUGGCUCCGCGAUGGGAAACCCCUGGUUCGCUCCCUUCAGAUCCAGGCCCUUCAGAACGGGUCCUUGGUGGUUCGUGGCGUCACCGCUGCAGAUGGAGGACAGUACCAGUGUGUGGCCGAGAGUGAAGCCGGCUCGGUGGAGAGAACCGUGACCCUCAGGGUUCAGAUCAACGGAGGACACUCGGACUGGCAGGAGUGGAGUCCCUGCAGCGGCAGCUGUGGACCAGGGCUCCAGGAACGGCUCCGCUUAUGCAACAGUCCAGAACCGGCCAAUGGGGGCAGAGCCUGCAGCGGUCCCAGUACCGAGUCCAGGAAGUGUCAGGCUGGUCUGUGUCCAGGGGAGACCCCCCGCCGGACCAGGGGCAGUUUGAUUGGAAUGGUCAACGAGAGGGAGUUCGGAGUGUCCUUCCUGGAGGCCAACAUCUCAGACGACGUGGACCAGGGGACCAGCAGUCUACACGCACGGCUGGACAACAUCCCCCCCAGCAUCGGUCCUCUGCUCCGGGUCCUGGUCUCUGUCAUUGCUCCCGUCUACUGGACCUCGGUGCUCCAGCGAGGGUCCACCAGGAACGGGUUCUCCUUCACCCAGGGCCACUUCAGACAGGAGUCCCAGCUGGAGUUCGACUCUGGGGAGGUCCUGCGUUUGACCCACGUGGCCCGGGGUCUGGACCCUGAAGGGGUCUUACUGCUGGACGUGGUCAUCAACGGAUACGUCCCUCCGUCGUUGUCUUCGUCUCAUCUGAGUCUUCAGGAAUUUGACGAGUCAUACGUGCAGACGGGCCGGGGGCAGCUGUACUCCUGGUCCUCGCAGACCCACCACAGGGGGGCGCAGCCCCUGGUGCUGCGCUGCAAUCACAGCAUUAUUUACGAGGGCCAGCAGGGGCGCCAGGGGCCUCUGCUCCAGCUGCUCAAGGUCUCGGGGCUGAAGAGCGUGUACAACGUGUUGACUCUGAGCCUGGACGUCCACGUCAGCGCCCGGCUCCUCCUCCCAGACGGCCACGGAGACACGUGUCCCAGCGGCUUCGUCCUGGACGCCGCGUCCUACUGUGCAGAUGAGGACGAGUGUGACCUCCUGUCUCCCUGCUCCCACUCCUGUAACAACCUGAUGGGGGGGUUCUCCUGCUCCUGUCCCUCCGGCUUCACCCUCUCUCCACAGACCAACGUCUGCCAAGACAUCGACGAGUGUUCGCAGGACUCCCACAUGUGUCACUACAACCAGCAGUGUGUCAACACCGUGGGCACCUACCGCUGCCAGGUCCGCUGUGGACCGGGACUGAAGCCCAGCGCCACAGGAACCAGCUGCGAAGACGUGGACGAGUGCCAGGAGUCGGCCAUGUCUCCGUGUCAGCACCAGUGUGUCAACACCCUCAGCUCCUACCGUUGUCUCUGUCACCCUGGAUACCAGCUGUCAGGACACCGCUGCCUCGAUAUCAACGAGUGCACCAGGAACGUGUGUCCUGCCCACCAGCAGUGCAGGAACACGGAGGGGGGGUACCAGUGUCUGGACAGCUGUCCAUCUGGGAUGAACAAGGACGAGGACGGAGCCUGUGUUGACAUUGACGAGUGUCAGGACGGAAGUCACAUGUGUCGCUACACCCAGAUCUGUCAGAACACCAUGGGGGGCUACGGCUGUGUUUGUCCCCGAGGGUACCGAUCCCAGGGCGUGGGUCUCCCCUGUCUAGACAUCGACGAGUGCCUGCAGACCCCAAACCCGUGUGCCUACCAGUGUCGGAACGUACCGGGCAGCUUCAGGUGCCAGUGUCCUCCUGGUACCGUGCUGCUGGGAGACGGACGCUCCUGCGCCGGCCUGGAGGGACGCCAACCGUUCGGCAACAGGACCAGAGUGAGGGCCAGGCUCCGCCCUCAGCUGGUGUCGUCUCUGGGGAGACCGAUCCUGUCCCGCUCCACCGGAGCGUCUCGCAUCACCCGACAGAGCUGUCCCGCCGGUUACACCCAGAGAGACGGGACGUGUGUCGAUGUGGACGAGUGCGUCUUCAGGAAGUCCUGUCAACACGAAUGCAGGAACACAGCGGGCAGCUUCACGUGCGUGUGUCCAGCAGGAUAUCAGCUCCGACCCGUGUCCCGCGGCUGUGAAGACAUCGAUGAGUGUGUCCAGCACGGCGUCCAGUGUGGACACAACCAGAUGUGCUUCAAUACCAGGGGAGGACACCAGUGUUUGGACACGCCCUGCCCUCCGUCCUAUCAGAGGAGUGGAAGAACGGGGACCUGUUACAGGCCCUGCGCCGUGGAUUGUGCCACAGGAGCGCCCCCCCAGCUGCUUCAGUACAAGCUGCUGACCCUCCCCUCGGGCAUCCCGGCCAAUCACAACGUGGUACGGCUGUCGGCCUACUCGGAGUCGGGCGUCCUGCAGGAGCGCACUUCCUUCACCAUCCUGGAGCAGGAGUCAGAGAGGGUCACUGAUGAGCACGUGCAGAAGCUAACGGCUAACGGCUAA